AUGGACAGAACCGGAGCCGAAGACUCCAAGCCUGCUCGUGCAGCGUUUCCGCCGCCCAGGAUGGAGGAUGACGUCCAUAUUCUUGUCCUCGCGCCCUUCCUGGACAUAGUUGAGAAAGGCAAGAUCGCAAUGCAGAAUUCCAAGGAUGCGGAACCUCCCCUCUCAGAAGACAUGUGCAAGACUGCCCAGAAACUCGUCCAAGAGGGCGAGCGUGCGGUCAAGAGGAUAGAGCCCCUAUGCAAGAAACAUCUUGAAGAAUACGGGGCAAACUUCGUGAAUGCGCUCAAGGAGAACGACGACAUCGCCAAUUUCAGGACUGAGCUCAAUGACCUCUUGUGGGACUUCGACUCAUUUAUCGAGGCGGAAGAUUUCGACACGGACGAGUUCGCCAAGCUGCGUGCCCUUUCACGCAAAUGUGCGCCGCGAAUAUACGACAUAUUAAUGCGAAUGAAGCUCGAGCCUCUUCGGUUUACAUCAGGCUCCACGUCUGCAACUAUCUGGAGAGCCGUAUCAGUCGCGGGCUUGAGCGAUGGGCAUCCAACCGGCGCCCAGCAGGAAAGAGAAGGGCCUACGCACGAGAGUGAUGCGGCCGUUGACCUUCACCCGAACGGCAUAGCUGGAACCCAGGCCGGCCCAGACCUUGGCUUAGACGGCGAGUCCAGUCACCAGUCGCCUGAAUGGAAGGCACCGGAAGCGGCCAGGAAACCGAGUGAUCUGGAACUUCCGACUGCCCAACUGCGCUCCGCAGAGUCGGUGGGCCCGGAGGAGAUACCCCCUGAACCCCCGGACAACCCGUGGCAACUCGUCCAGCUACCAGUGCUUCCGACCGAGAUGGAAGAUUACGCGCUGGGGAAAGGGUAUGAGCGUAGGGGGCGUGUGUCAUCUGGUGAGGGCAGCCAGCCAGAAGUGUUCAGCCCGCAAUUAGGCAGAGUUGACGAGUUGGUGGAUGGAGAAGCUAGGCGCUUGAACUCACUGGAGCUGCAGAACUUGUCAACUUCUCCCGUUGAAUCUCAGAGUGGGGGUUAUGGGCGGUCCAACAACGAGGCGGUACCAGGGACCAGUGAGCCGGACGGUCCUCAACCUGGUCCAAUUUCCACGGCCGGGCCCGGGUCCGAAACGAGAGCAAGCCUUACCGGGGCACCGUUCGCGAACGGACAACAACUGCCAGCUAUCACGACAUACAUCCCGCAUCUUCCUCCGCAAAGGUACUCUCAGGCAAGCUUGAGCAGCUCCGCUCAGCCGUCGCUAAUCGACUCUGGUGCGAGGGACAGCACCGCCAGCCUCGCCGACCAUAGCCCGCCGGCCGCUGGUCCGUACUCAUUCCAAUCUGCCCCAGAAAGUCGACCUGACAUGAGCAGUGGAUGGCCAAUUUCUGCUGUCCCUCAACAUGUCGUCCAAACUCCCCUCCGUCUCUCUCUCGACCAGCCAGGGCUGGAGCCCGUCCCCGGUGGACCGUCUUCGGGACAGGCGCUUCCACCAAUGCCCACCCGGGAACCUGACUGCAGCAUCAACAUUGACAGCUCGUUCUACCAAUUCAAGGGGUUUUGUGACGGAGCAAAGGACAUCAUCCGCGGUGGAGCUGGUGUGAAGAAAAUUAGGAAGCCGGGUAUGGGAGCCGGUACUGCUAUUGUAGCCAAGUGUAAGAGCUGCAUGUUCGAGCUGGACUGGAAGCUAGUUGAAGCAGACGUCAACAUGGCAAACAACUCCAACUACAUGAAUACGGGGGUCGGCUUCCGGUUGCGUUUUCUUUCCAAGAGCCACAUCGCAGCAAAGAAUGUUGACAACGAGCUGUACGGCUGUCUCUUUUGCGUCCAACUCGGCAGGACAACCGAGGAGAGCGAUGCGACCGUAUUCUUCACCCAGAAGCAGCUCUUCGCCCACCUAACCAGACACCCCCGACCGCUCCCUGCGGUCCCCGGCCUGACGGUGAUAGAGGCGCCCCAAGUCCCGCCACAGCUGAUGAACAACUUCGACCUACACUUCCUGAACCCGCCCGCCCGCUCCGUCAUGGCUGGCCUCGAGCGCCUGCUGGCGGCGAUGCCGACCGCCGUGGCCACGGAGACGUUCCGGAAGACGAACAGCGCGCAGCAGCGGCACCCGCCGGACGGGCAGGCGGUGCUCCAGUUCGCGGCGGGGGCGAGGAUCGUCGGGGUCGAGUUCCCGGCCAGGUACGGCGGCGAGUGGGCCGUCGGGUGGGCCGACAACGUCCGCGCCGCGUUCCCGGCCGACUGCGCCAGGCUCGUGGCGCCGGACCAGAGCCAGGUGAGGGCGAUGCAGGCGACCGGCGGCAGCAACCUCAGGGCCGUGGCGAGGUGGAGGCGCUCGCGGAAGGAUAAGGAUUCGGGCCGCUGGCUCAGGUUCGACGCGGGAGAGGUCAUAACGGGCAUCGGGUUCCCCUACGUGGAGGAUUGGUGCUGGUCUGGAUACAAUUCGAAGCAGAAAUGGGGCUUGUUUCCGCAGUCACACAUCGAGCCCGGCACCCUGUCCGAGGCCCCUCCCCCUCCCGGCGGCCGUCAGAGCAGGGCGGCGACUGGUGAAGACCGGGCUAGCAUCCACAGCGACGAGGGCAAAAGAGUUAGCGGCAUCCUCGCCAAGCUUUCCUCUGGCAAAGAUGCGACCGAAGAGUUUGAUCCCAUUCACCCGCCAGAUACGCUGGAGAAGUACCUGGACAAGUCGAAGCACCUCGGCCCCGUCGACAUGAGCACAGUGCUGAAGGAAGUGACCAAAGAGUCGCCAGAAGAGAAGGAGAGGCAGAAGCGCAUCGAGGAGAUGCCUCCGCUGGACCAGUGCUAUAAUCUGAUGGACUUCGAGGCGGUUGCGCGGAGGGUCAUGAAGAAGACGGCGUGGGGCUACUACUCGAGCGCAGCAGAUGACGAGAUCACAUUACGCGAGAACCACGCGGCCUUCCACAGGAUCUGGUUCCGGCCGCAAAUCCUCGUCGACGUCGAGAAGGUCGACUUCAGCACCACCAUGCUGGGCACCAAGGUCGACAUCCCCUUCUACGUGACGGCCACGGCGCUCGGCAAGCUCGGCCACGUCGAGGGCGAGGUCCUUCUGACGCGGGCGGCGCACAAGCACAACGUGGUCCAGAUGAUACCCACCCUGGCGUCGUGCUCCUUCGACGAGAUCAUGGACGCCGCCGAAGCGGACCAGGUGCAGUGGCUGCAGCUGUACGUCAACAAGGACCGCGAGAUCACGCGGCGGAUCAUCGAGCACGCCGAGAAGCGCGGGUGCAAGGGCCUGUUCAUCACGGUCGACGCGCCACAGCUCGGGAGGCGGGAGAAGGACAUGCGCAGCAAGUUCACCGACCAGGGGAGCAACGUCCAGAGCGGGCAGUCCACCGACACCAGCCAGGGCGCGGCGAGGGCGAUCAGCAGCUUCAUCGACCCGUCGCUGAGCUGGAAGGACAUUCCCUGGUUCCGGAGCGUCACCAAGAUGCCCAUCAUCCUCAAGGGCGUGCAGCGGGUCGAGGACGUGCUGAAGGCGGUCGAGGCCGGCGUGCAGGGCGUGGUGCUGUCGAACCACGGCGGGCGGCAGCUCGACUUUGCGCGGUCGGCCGUCGAGGUCCUCGCCGAGACGAUGCCGGUGCUGAGGGAGCUUGGGCUGGAGGACCGGAUCGAGGUCUUUAUCGACGGCGGCAUCAGGCGCGCGACCGACAUAAUCAAGGCGCUGUGCCUCGGCGCCAAGGGCGUCGGCAUCGGGCGGCCGUUCCUGUACGCCAUGUCGGCGUACGGCUUCGAGGGCGUCGACCGCGCCAUGCGCCUCCUCAAGGACGAGAUGGAGAUGAACAUGCGGCUGAUCGGCGCCACGAGCGUCGGCCAGCUCAACCCGUCCAUGGUCGACGUGAGGAGCCUCUUCAACCAUGCGUCUGGCCCCGUCGACAACCUGUCAUACUCGACGUAUGACCCGCUGGUCAGCCCGCAACAGAUGACAAAGUCGAAGUUGUAA